AAACCACAACUAAACUCCGGCAGUGUCUGCCACCAUGGCGCAAGCAGCAUCUGCUAGUAGUUUAACCAAUUUAUAUGCAGACUUGAAUCGUUGUGGACAAAAACAAGAAUACGAAAAAGCUAUUCGAAUAGCUAAUAAAAUUUUACAGCAAUAUCCAGAUGAAUUUUCUGCUUUCAACUGUAAAAUUGUCAGCUUUCUUCUCUUGGAUCGUUUUGAUGAAGCUUUAACUGCCCUCAACAAAGACAAAAAUCAUUCUGGGUCUCUGAAGUUUGAAAAAGCUUAUUGUGAAUAUCGGUUGAAUCGCACUAAUGAAGCUUUGAAUACUUUAAGAUCUAUUACUUCUCAUGACACCAGAAGCAAAGAACUUCUAUGCCAAGUUCUUUACAGAAUUGAGGAAUAUGAAGAGUGUAACAGCUUGUAUAGGGACGUCAUCAAAAAUUCCCAAGAUGAUUUUGACUCUGAGAGACAGACUAACAUGGCAGCAGUUGUUGCUUCUCUUCAAAUGUGGAAUCAAAAAGACAUGGGUGAACUAAAUACAGAUGAGAGUUCCUAUGAAAUCUGCUACAACAAUGCUUGUUAUUAUCUUGGGAAGGGGGAUCUAAAGACAGCUUUAGAGAAACUAGACAAGGCUGAAGAACUAUUAAAGAGUGAUGGGGAUAUAACUGAAGAGGAAUUAGAUGAAGAAUUGGCCAUCAUAAGGGUACAACGUGGCUACAUUCUCCAGCGUCAAAACAAAAAUGAUCAAGCUUCCCAGUUGUAUAACCAAGUUUUAAAAACAAAACCCUCAGAUGCAGGCCUGAUUGCAGUUGUUUCUAAUAAUGUUGUGACAAUCAACAAGGAUCAAAACAUCUUUGACUCAAAGCGCAAAAUAAAGGCAGCAACAGGUGAUAAUCUUAAACACAAAACUGUGACAGCCCAACGUCAGCACAUUGACAUCAACCAGUGUCUGGUACACUUGUACUCCAAUCAGGGUGAACAAUGCCACCAGCUGGCUAAGAAGCUGAUGGACCAGUACCCAUCUCUACAUGCCCCCCUAUUAAUCAGAGCUGCCCAGUUUAUCAGAGACAAAAAGAUUGAUGAAGCUGUUAAUCUGCUCAAGGGUUAUGUACAAAGUCAUCCUGAGAUGGCCUCCAAGACUCACUUGAUAAUAGCCCAGCUCUACUUGAACCAGGGUAGCGUUUACCAAGCGUGUGAGGCACUAAAAGCUCUAGGAAAUGAAGCUUAUAAGUUGGGCAUUGUAUCCACUCUAGUGACAUUGUAUCUUAGUCAAGAGGACAAGGAUGCUGCCUCUGAAGUUCUAAUUAAUGCUGUUAAUUGGUACAAAAAGAAUGAGCCCAAAUCUUCUAGUCUGUUGACAUUAACAAGAGCAAAUGCAGAUUUCCAGCUAAGGAAUGGAAAACCAGAAGAGGCUGCUAAGAUGUUAGAGGAUUUACGCAAAGCAAAUCCUAAUGAUGCUUUAGUAUUAGCGCAGUUGAUAUCAUCCUACUCUCAGUUCGAUGCAGCAAAAGCUCAACAAAUUAGCAAAGAUUUACCAUCUGUUGUCAAGAUUAUUGCUGGCCUAGAUGUGGAUGCCUUGGAAGCGUCAUUCAGCACCUUAGGGCCAAAAUACAUGAAGAAAUUACAACCUCAGAAGGGAGAGGCCUCACCUGGGGCAUCUGGGGAUACUAAGUCAGGAGAUGCGCUGAUGCAAAAGAAAAAACAAAGGAAGAAGAAGAAAGGAAAAUUACCUAAAAACUGCAAACCAGGUAGUGAUAUUGACCCAGAAAGAUGGUUACCUCGAAAAGAAAGAUCAUACUACAGAGGCAAAAGAAAGGAUAAAAGAAAGGAAAUAGGUAAAGGUACCCAAGGGUUAACUGCUGCUACUCAAGCUUUGGCAGAUUCUUUAGAUGCAAGUAAAUCAGUGUCGAGUGAAGCGGCAUCACCUCGCCCCUCUGCUAGUACGUCCUCCCCUCAGUCUACCCCAACCCCCACACCUAUCCCCCAGGGACCACGCCAACAAAAGCCUGUGCAAGCCAACAAAAAGAAGAAGAAGGCUGGAAAAGGAGGGAAAUGGUAGGGGUUGCUGGCCUGCCUGUCCCCCACAAGUUCUUUGUAUUAGGACAGUGGAUCAGCACAUUUAAAAAAAAUUAAGAUUCAUCAUUUUACUUCGUUUUUAAAUGACUCUUUUGUAAGAUUUCUUUUUCCUAAUCAAUGAAAUUCAAAAUAAAAUAACUGUGAUGAUUUUGAAACAAUGGAUGUAUUGUAACAGCUAGGUUUUGAUAAAUAUUGUUAAGUCAAUCUCUGUCAACAGUAAACUGGAUAUACAAAAAACACCUCAACGGAUGUGAGAUUUUCAUUUAUCUAUGAGAUAUUUGUUUCAGACUGGUAAACUCUAUCUUAUAUAAAGUAUGUCUGUUCAAUUUUAAAUUGCAUUAUUUUAGUCAUUUUUACAAAAUAAUAAGCAAUAGUUUUAAUGUCAAAGGUUUUAAAACAUUUUUUUUAAAACAACACAUUUUUUGUUUCUUAAAAUUUAAAUAUCUUCUGCUUGAAAUAAGAUUUAUUAAAUGUUAAAAACUGCUUAAAUUGAAACUAUAAAAAAUCAAAUGCUACCAACUUUAUAGUAGAACCAACUGGCAAAGUCAAGGUAGCUUAGUGAGCCAGUAUUAUUCAAUACCUAAUCUGUGACAGUAGUUUGUUAAAGGAUGCAAAAUAUUGUUUGGUGCAAUUGAUGAAUAACUGCAUGCAUUGCAUGAUGAACAAGUUUGUGUUGGUCUUGCACCUACAACUGUACAAUUUAUAAACAUAACUUAAAUCUUGCAUUUAUUCUACUCAAAAUUGGAAUGACAACUUGUUAAGCUUUUGGUAGACUACCAUGAGAAGAAAAUAUAACUAUUUAAAGGAUACUGUUUUUGAAUGUGUUAAAUUAUUUACUAUUAUUUGGUUAAUGGUGUAAACAAAUUAAAUAAAUGCAUUAUCUGGCA